CUGCCACCGCCUGGUACGAGGCGUGCUCCGAGCUUCAAGGGCCAGUCUUCGCGCCUCAAGGCAUUCCUGACCGAGCUAGAUGAGCUGUUCACGGGAUACAGCUUGACGGAGGCGCAGAAGAAGCGCGCAGCUGUGCGGUACGCCAAGAAGGAGCCAAUCCGGCGCUUUUGGGAGAGUUUGAAGGAGUUCGACGACGCAGCAUCGGAUUGGGCGGCCUUUAAGGCAGCGCUAUACAAGGAGUACCCCGACUCAGACAAGGGCAUCGGCUAUACGGUGCGUAAUUUGCGGAAAUAUGCGAGUGCUUACCAGAGGGAUGCGACGAUCCAUACGAUCGACGACAUCAACCAUUAUUAUCAGACUUUUCUCCCGGCUUCCAAGUAUUUAAGAGCUAACAACAAGUUAUCCGCGGCGGAG